UAUAUAUAUUUGCUUGUUGCUCAAGUAGUUUCAAUACUCACAAUCUUUGUGUUCACAAUAUUUCAUUAUUUUGCGAUCGAUUGAUCUGAGGUUAUCGAUAAAAGAUUUGUCUAAGUUUGCCUCUAAAAUGGUGUCUGAAAAGCCCAAAAUUGUUAUAAUUGGGGCAGGAAUAGCUGGUCUAACAGCAGCUAAAAAGCUCUACACAACACAAAACUCAAAUGAACUAUUUGAGGUUUGUGUUGUAGAAGGUGGAAACAGAAUUGGUGGAAGAAUUUUCACUACUGAAUUUUGUGGUGAUAGAGUUGAAAUGGGUGCAACUUGGAUACAUGGAAUUGAAGGCAAUCCAAUAUACAAAAUUGCUCAAGAAUUUAAUGGAUUUGAAACUGAUAAGCCAUGGGAUAGUAUGGGAGGUAAAGUUGAUAAAAAAUUGACUAUAACAGAAGAUGGACAUGAGGUACAUUCAUCCUUUGUUAACUCGAUAUCGAAUUUUUUCAAUAAUCUGUUGGAGUUUUCGUCUGGUGAAGGAGAUUUUGAUGGUGGGGUUGGUAGAAAGAUUGUUGAAAGCUUGAAUCUUGAAGAGAAUGGUCGCGUUGAUAAGAUUAGUAUGGGUUCUUAUCUUAGAAAAGGGCUAGAGUUUUACUGGGGUUUAAAGAAAGAUCAAGGAAAAGUUGAAAGUCUCAAUCUUGAAAAUGAUCAAGAAAAUGUAGAAGGCUUUAAUCUUGAGGAUGGUGGCAUUGAAAAAGAACAAGAAAAUGUUGAAAGCUUCAAUCUUAAAAGUGGUGGUGUUGAAAAUGAUCAAGAAAAAGUUGAAAGCUUCAAUCUUGAACAUGUUGGUAUUGAAAAAGAUCAAGAAAAUGUAGAAAGCUUCAAUCUUGAACAUGUUGGUAUUGAAAAAGAUCAAGAAAAUGUAGAAAGCUUAAAUCUUGACGAUAGUGGUGUUGAGAAAGAUCAAGAAAAAGUUAAAAGCUUCUAUCUUGACGAUGGUGGUAUUGAAUAUGAUCAAGAAAAAGUUAAAAGCUUCAAUCUUGACGAUGGUAUUGAAAAAGAUCAAGAAAAUGUAGAAAGCUUCAAUCUUGACAAUGGUGGUAUUGAAAAAGAUCAAGAAAAUGUAGAAAGAUUCAAUCUUGACGAUGGUGGUGUUGAGAAAGAUCAAGAAAAUGUAGAAAGCUUCAAUCUUGACGAUGGUGGUGUUGAGAAAGAUCAAGAAAAUGUAGAAAGCUUCAAUCUUGAUAGUGGUGGUAUUGAGAAAGAUGGAGAAAAUGUUGAAGUUUUUGAAAAUUGGAGUAGAAAAGCACUUGAAGAAGGUAUUUUUGCUAUGUUUGAGAAUAUACAUAGGCAUUAUUCAUCAGCUGGUGAUUUAGGUACUUUAGAUUUCAAUGGAGAAAGUGAGUAUUGUAAUUUUCCUGGAGAUGAAAUAACUAUAGCCAAAGGGUAUUCAUCUAUUGUUGAAUCUUUGGCUUCUGUUUUACCACCUGGUUUGAUCCAAUUAGGUCGAAAAGUCUCGAAAAUUGAAUGGCAAUUGGAAACUAGUGAUGGUAAUAAGCCAGUGAAGUUGCAUUUUAGUGAUGGAUCAGUUAUGUAUGCUGAUCAUGUCAUUGUUACAGUCUCAUUAGGAGUUCUAAAACAAGGAAUUCGCGAGGACUCGAGUCUUUUUAGUCCUCCACUUCCUAAGUUCAAGACUGAAGCUAUUUCAAGGCUUGGUUUUGGUGUUGUUGAUAAGGUGUUCUUGCAACUUAGCCCAACUCAUCAUGAUGGGAUAAAUUUCCCUAACAUGAUGAUGGUUUUUCAUCAGUCAAACGCGAAGCUGAAGAAUCCGAAAAUCCCUUUGUGGAUAAGGAGGACUACACUUACACAUCCAGUUUACCCAGAGUCAAGAGUUGUGGGAUCAUGGUUUGCAGGUGAAGAAGCUUUGAAGGUUGAGACUCUUGAUGAUGAUGAGAUCAUCGAGGGGGUCUCGAUAACAAUGUCAGAGUUUCUAUCAAACACAAAGCAUUUCAAGAACUCCAUCAAGUUUAGUAAAGUUUUGAAGUGCAAAUGGGGUACUGAUCCAUUGUUUUUGGGAUCAUAUACUCAUAUAGCUGUUGGAUCAAGUGGGGAUGAUUUGGAUGCUAUGGCUGAACCAUUGCCUAAAGAGAUCAGUGAUGAUAAAAAUUCGAAGAGAAGUCCUCGACUUCAAGUUUUAUUUGCAGGUGAAGCAACAAGUAGAAAUUACUAUUCAACAACACAUGGUGCUUAUCUUACUGGUAUUAGAGAAGCUAAUAGGCUUCUUGAGUAUUUUCAAUGUGUUGAUGUCUGAAAAAAGUUUGUUAUUGUUAUUGUUUUUCAUAUUUUGGAAUUGUGUGUUUGUUAUACUCUCUCUGUAUGAUGGGGAUUUGAAAGAGUAAAAAGGAAAUUAAAGAAGCUUUUCAUUUAGUUUUGUUUUCAAUUUGUUGAUUAGUAGGAGGAUUAAAGAUUUAUCUUUUUUAUAAUUUGAUGGUUCUUGCUUUCUUAACUAUUAUUGACAAAUGAACAUGAGGAUAUAGUUGGAAGUUUUUUUAAAAGUAUAUAUUUGGGAAAAUAUCUAAAAGAAUUCCCCAAAUAGCUCAUUUCCUUUUAUUACGCUCUUUUAACUAUGCUGGGAUCCUAUCACUCCCUAGUUUUAUUGUAAGUUGUAACGUAUCAUUCACCCCCUUCAACACUUGAUGCCAAAGAGAGUGUAAUACACAUAUACAACAAUAUAUACAAUGUAAUAUUGUUUUUCAAG